AUGGUCCAGUCCGUCUUUGUGAAUGGGUCUCUGGCUCAACAAGCGUUUCUUAUUCAGGGGAGAAGCGCAUUAAUGGAUAGGACCAACUUGAACCGCUUUCGCUACGGUCGUGGAGCUUCGCAGCCUUGUCAAACACUCAAAUACGCUAAUAAUCCUCGGCCACAUGGUCAGCAAUAUGACCCAGCUCGAGCCAAUUGCGUCCAAGGAGAUGUCAUUGGGUCGACGGGAGGAAACAUGAAACACAAAACAAGAGUUGGCCAAGACAGAAACAUUCUAGAUCAUGAGUAUCUAGACGACGACCAUUGUGUUGCCAAAAAUAGUUCGACGUCGUUGUUAUUUAUAAAGGAGGAGCUGUCAUUUUCAAAUAUGCCGCAACGACUUAACACGAGUGUGCUUCCCGCCGACAAACGUUGCAUUUUCCCAUUCAAAGAGUUUAACGAAAUGCAAUCUAAAUGCUUCAACUCAAUGUACAAUAGCUCCCACAACUGCGUCUUGAGCUCCCCCACGGGUUCUGGCAAAACCGUGUUGUUUGAGUUGGCGAUACUCCGCGAGUUGCCACCACGGAAAAAUGAGUACGAAGACGUCAAGGCGCUAUACCUUGCGCCAACAAAGGCGCUAUGCAGCCAGAAGCAAGAGGAGUGGUCAAAGAAGUUUGAGCCCUUGGGAAUUAAGGUUGGCAUUUUGACUGGAGACUCUUCCUAUAAAGAAGCUGAGAAUGUACGAAAGUCGCAGGUGAUCAUUUCAACGCCGGAAAAGUGGGAUGUGAUUACCAGAAAAUGGAGAGAUUACAAGAAACUUUUCGGUUUGGUCAAGAUUCUCUUGGUUGAUGAAGUGCACAUUCUCAAGGAGUCGAGAGGUGCCACUUUGGAAGUGGUGAUCACAAGGAUGAAGCGGAUUUGCAAAGGUUUGAGAAUCUUAGCAAUCUCAGCCACUGUUGCCAAUGCACUCGAUAUCUCCCAGUGGAUUGGGAGAGGUGAUGGAUCUGCUAAUGAGCCUGCUGAAACAUUUAAUUUUGGCGAUGAGUAUCGCGCAGUCAAGCUUGAACAAGUCGUUUACGGGUUCAAACCAAUUAAUGAAAACGAAUUCUCAUUUGAUCUCUUUUUGAGUUCAAAGCUCAUUGAAGUUAUCACCAAGCAUUCAAAGAAUAAACCAGUGCUAAUUUUCUGUCCCACACGAAGCAGCUGUCAAAAUACUGCAAAAUUUUUGUUGGAGAAUUUUAUUCUGAAACGAGCAAAGUUGAACUUAAACCUGAACCUGAAAUUGAAAUUAAAAGAUGGAGACUUGAUGGGUUAUGCUAGAGGAGGCGUUGGCUACCACCAUGCUGGUCUUGUUUAUGCGGAUCGCAAACAAAUUGAGCUGGCCUUUCUGAGCGGAGAAAUCAACUAUCUUUGCUGUACUUCAACGUUAGCCAUGGGCAUCAACCUUCCAGCCUACCUUGUCAUCAUCAAGGGCACUAGAUGCUGGUCAGAGAGCACUUUUCAAGAGUACGCUGAAACUGACAUUCUACAGAUGAUUGGCAGGGCUGGUCGGCCGCAGUUUGAAGACGAAGGUGUGGCCGUGAUUAUGACGAAUGCCAAACUCAAACAGAAAUACGAAAGAGUGAUUCAAGGCACUGAAAAGAUUGAAAGCAGCUUGCAUUUGAACUUUAGUGAGAAUUUGGUGGUGGAAAUUGCAGUUGGAAAUAUCAAAAGCGUGGAGGACGCUUUAGCCUGGGUCAAGACAACAUACUUUUACGUUCGGUUUCUUGCCAAUCCUUAUUUUUAUGAUAUUCCGAAUAAAUAUACUGAUCCGGAAAAGAGCCUACUCGAGUUUUGCAAAGACCGAGCUGCCGAGUUGAUCAAUGAGAAUAUGAUUACCGAGAGCUAUGAGUGUACUGCUUACGCUUAUUCAAUGACGUUGCAUUACGUUUCUUUUCAAACAAUGAAACUACUCACCAAAGCAAAGAGCCAGUUGUCUGUGCUGCAAGUGUUGGAUAUUUUGUCCAGGGCAACCGAAUUCUCCGACAUCAAGUUGAAGCACCAGGAGAAAAGGCUAUACAAAGAGAUUAACAACUCACCGAUAAUGCGCUUUCCAUGUGACCUUAAGGAGAUGAGCCACUCAGAUAAGGUCAAAAUCAUUUUGCAAUACGAGCUAGGCGGUUCGGAUUUCCCAACCUACAAUGGGGCCACCAAAUUGCAGUCAAGCUUUCUAGGAGAUAAAUUUUAUGUAUUCAAGCACGCUGCCCGGAUCAUGACCGCGAUUUUAGACGUGUUUGUAGAGAGGAAAGACGGGAUAUCUCUACGGAAUCUGAGCUAUUUGAUGAGGUGCAUUCAAGGCAGAUGCUGGGAAGGCUCACCAAAUGAGCUUCGACAAUUGGAAGGCGUUGGCCCUGCGGCAAUGAAAAAGUUUGUCAACCACCACGUACUAUCAUUGGCAGAUGCGAAAUCGUUGACGCACUCCCAGAUUGAGUACUUUUUGGGCCUCAAGACCGGCGCUAGCAACAAGAUAAAAAAGAGCUUAGCAUCCAUACCAGUUAUCAGUCUAGAUGUUGAUUUAAAAAGUCAACAGCUUGAGCCCUCUAAAACAUCGAUCCGGUGUAAUUUUCUUGUCAGCGUCGGUGUCAAUGUUUAUAGCCAAAUGACUCAUUGGAACAACCAGUUGGUGUUUGUGCAGAUACUGAGCGACAUUGGUGGCCACCUUGUUGAUUUCCGCAGAAUACCUGCGAAAAAAUUGUUUGAGACAAAGACGUUUGAGCUUGCAUCGUCCAUCACGAGCUUGUCGGAGACUUUUAAUUGCCAAGCAUCCGUGGAUUCAAUUGCUAGCGUCGUUGUUGAUCGUCAUCUCCGCGUUGAACCUUUGCCAGAAGUCCAAAGGCAGUUUAUUGAGGUUAUUGAUGAUUUCGAUUUCAGCCAGCACUCUAACCUAGAUGACUCGGAUAAGGAUGUUUUCGAGGAACUAAAGGACAUGGAGCCGAUUCAAAAUGCCAGAGGCUUGGCUCUGAAAGGAGAAAACUUUUAUGUUGACAAGGCUACACAACACAACGAACUGGCCACUUCCACAAUCCAGCAAAGAGCAGUUUUGCUGAACGGCAAUUACGAAUGCAAUCACAGUUGCAAGGAUAAAUCUAAAUGUCGGCACAUGUGCUGUCGAGAGGGAGUGCUUCCGCAUACUGCCAGACUUAUCAGAAGAACCGGUCAUCUGCCUGUAACUAGUAUUGAUAAAAAAAAAGAGAAUAACGAAUUUCAAGAGGAGCCAGUAACAAGUCCUGUCAAAGAUAAUGACGUUUAUGCCAGAAAAACAAUGGGGCUGGAAAACAAAGAAAAUGUUUGUUCUUCUUCCGAUUCUAACCUGUGGUCUCCGAUCGGACCAGAUGUGCUAGCUUUGGAUGAGGAUUUAGAUACAAAGCGCGCUCCUGUCGCCAACGUGUCGCAACAUAACCCAGCUGGUUUAGAAAAGGGUGGACUCGAUCAAGACACGUCCAAACUGUCAAAAAGCUUGGUGCAUAGAAAGCUCAAGGCAAGAAAGCGGUCGAUUUUUGACAUUAGCUCAGAUAAUUCCUUUGAGCCCAGUGAAGAGAUUACAACUGUGUUUAGCCCUGAAAAGAAGAAAGCAAAACAUCAGCUCUUUGUGUUGGAGCAUAAUCAUGACACCGCCAAUGGCCUCAAUUCUGCGAGAACUUCGACGCCAGAGGUUAUUGAUCUUAAUCUGAUUGACUCUUCUGAGCCAAUUUCCACGCAAGGAAAAGUGAGAACGACACAGCUGACUUUGCAGCAAAAUGAGUAUAUUGGAGAAUCUAGUCUUGACAACGACGCGUUUUUGCCCCACUCCAAACUGCUAUCAAAUCAGAGUCCCGCUAGUGGUUUCAAACAAACUCAACCACAAAAGAAUAACAGUAAUAAUGAUGAUGAGAAUGAAAAUGAAAAUGAUAAUGGUAACGAAAACAAGCGGUUGGAAGAUGCAAAGGCGGAUUUAGAGAAGGAAUUUCGCUCUGAACAAGACUCCAUGGAUAUGGAUAAGGAGUUUCUAAAACAAAUCCUCGGCAGCGACAUCAUUCUAAACGUUUAA